GUACAAAGGUACAGGGAAGCGAAAAUAAAACAAAAGUGAAAAGUCGGCGUGCGGUGCCGCUCAAAAUGUUCGCUAAAUUCCAAUGUGUUAAAUAAUUUUAACAAAUUAAAUGCGCAACAUUUGAAGCAAAACAGAUAAAUAAGUAAUUAAAACAGAACAAGAACAGAAGCUGGAUUUCCCCCUGGGCAAAAAGCAAACUUUGCUAACAGCCAAGGCGAACGCAACCUGUAGCUCCGGCAGCGACGGCAACUGCGACGCUAACGUCAACAGCGCAGCUGGCGCCUUGUACGUUAACGGACUUGAAAUUGAAUUGAAUUUUGUGUUUUCGUAACGCGGAAGCGCAAAAAAAUAAAACAGAAAAACGAGAGAAAGAGUGAGAGAGACAGAAAAGCCAAUCGCUUUUACUUUUCAUUUCGAUCAAAAAGACGAAAAAAGGAGUUACAAAAAGACAAAUAUGUGGUGCAUUGUGGACCUGCCAGACGGUACCCAGCGGGCCGUCAAAUUGGAUCCCAAGGCCCUCGGCCAAGAAUGUCUCGAAAAGGUGUGCAAGGGACUGGACAUCAUAUGCGAGAUGCAGUACUUUGGCCUGGAGCCAUGGACGCCCAAUCAGAAGGAAUCGCGCACACGGCAAUGGUACAAUCUGAGGAAUCGGCUGCAUGGCGAUAGCGGCAGCAGCAGCAGCGGCAUUCAGUUGAUGCUGGCGCUGCGCGUCAAGUUCUGGGUGCCGGUGCACAGCAUCCUGCAGGAGAGCGUGCGCAAUCUGUUCUAUAUGCAGGCGCGUCGGGAUCUGCUGGAGGCGCGCCUCUGCGCCCACGACUGGAGCAAUGCGGCCAAGCUGGCGGCGCUGCUCUGCCAGGCGGAUGGGCUGCGCUUCAACGAGCAGUCGCUGCGCGCCGAGUGCCCCAUGCGCAUGCGCCGCGAGCUGGCGCAGCAGCAGCAGCUGGCCCAGCAGCAGCAGCUCAAGCUGGAGCAGCAGCGCAAGGAGAAUCAGCACGUGCUCGGCUUCAAGAAGCGUCGCUUGUCCAAACAGAAGUCCGUGGAGCACAUCGAAUGCUGCACGCUGUCCGCGCCCUCGAGCAACGUUGCCAGCAACGGCAACAACUUGCAGCCAUCGCCAUCGGCUUCAGCGUCGGCCUCCGCCUCCAGUUCGAGCAGCCCGAGCAACAGCAGCAGCAGCCAUUCGGGAUUGGACGAGCGCCUGGCCAGCAAUCCGUUGCGCAUGUACGAGGAGUACGUGAUCCUGCCCAGCGCCACUGACAAGGACAGCGACCUCGAGCCGCCCGCUGACUUCCUGCGACAGAUUGCCAGCGAGCACAGCAAGUUGGCCAAGCUGCCGAUGACCCCAAAGGCGGCCAAGUAUUGGCUGCUGCAGGGCAUCCAGGAGCUGAGCGGCUACGGCGAGGAGCUCUUCAGCGGCGUCACCACCAACGAGAGCGCCACGCCCUGUGACAUUGCGGUGGGCGCUCAUGGCAUCACAGUCAUUCGUGGGGAUGAAAAAGAAAGUAUCCCAUUCAGUGCCAUUGCCGCUGCAAAGUCGCUGAGACGCACCUUUAAGCUGGAGUAUGUGGACGAUCACAACGAUCGCAAGGAGCUGGAGAUCAAGCUGUCCAAGCCGCCAAUUGCCGCCGGGCUGUAUCGCUCGAUCACCGAGCGGCACGCGUUCUACGUCUGCGACAAGGUGCGCUGCGUGGUGACGAAUCAGUUUACGCGCGAUCUCAAGGGCACCAUCGCAUCGAUGUUCAAGGAGGACACCGAGCUGGGCAAGCGCUACGUCUUUGAUAUACAGCACACGUGCCGCGAGGUGCACGAUCAGGCGCGCCGCAUACUGUACGAACGUGGCGGCAUGGGGGCCACCGAUGCCGGCGGCAGCAGCAGCUGCGAGCCGGAGACUGCGGUCGGCUGUGGCGACGAUGGUGUUGGCGUUGUUGGCGGUUCCAUGGCCGGCAAGAUAGAUUUGGCCAUACGCGAGAAGGAGGCGCGUGAGGCGGCGAUUGAGCGCUGCGUGGACAGCCGCAUCAACGAGGCUAUGCAGUGUAAAAUCUGCAUGGAUCGGGCGAUCAACACAGUGUUCAAUCCAUGCUGUCACGUCAUUGCCUGUGCGCAGUGUGCAGCCAGAUGCAGCAAUUGCCCCAACUGCCGCGCGAAGAUCAGCAGCGUAGUCAAAAUCUAUCUGCCACCUGAACUGCGCAACAGCCAAACCGUUGCCAACAGCAACAGCAGCAGCUGCAGCAGCGGCAGCAGCACCAGCAUCGCUGGUCCCCAGCUGGAGCGGCAGCAGCAGCAGCCGCAACAGCCGCCACAGUUGGACAGCUCAGCCAGCAGCGCCGCCACAUCAGCCGUCGAGACAGCUGCCCCACCUGGCGCAGCGGCAAAGGUGACAACGGCUGCCUAGAAUUGGCUGUGCUCCCUGCUGUUCCGGCUGAUGGAGUGGGUGUGCGUGCCGAUUGUCUGAACGUGAUCUCGUCUAGCUGUUGCAUCUUCUUAUCUAUAAAUGACCAUUAACAUUUUCGAGGGAACAAACCAAAAACAAAAAACAGAAACAAGAAAACAGCAAGCAGAAAAACAGUUAGCCUGUGUCUACACUCGUAUCUUUACUCAAGUAUUUUAUGGAUAUAUAAACCACGACUACUAUAAAGUGCUAUUUAACCCUAUCUCUAAGACCUAACGUGUUAGCCUACCUAGUCUGUAACAUAUAUAUAUAUAUAUACGAAUAUGAAUA